GAACAUACUCUGCAAGUCAAGAAUGAGAGGGAGGAGAUCCUGAAAACUCCACAACCAAUACAGUAAUGUAACUAGUGACUAGUGUGGAUGGGUAUGAUUUGGACACCUUGCUAGCCACCCCAUCAAACAACAUUGCUUACGCACCAGAGAAAAUUUGCAGUUGCCCCAGGGCGAAAUGCAAAGAAGGCUUGCAGGGUGAGAUUGAGUUGCUGUUCUUCAUGGCCAACCCUUCAGAGGAGCACGAGGCGCCGGUGCCGACCAGGACCAUUUGGAAUUCAAUUGUCAGUGUGAGCUGGUCUGGUGUGUCACAAAUGUUUGAGGGCACCCAGCAUGGGAUACCAUUGGGGAAUUAGGAAUUACUACACCCAGACUCUAGAUUCUCUAGAUGCAUGGUAUGCAUGUUCAUUGCUAAUCCAAGUAUGUCAUUUUGGUCAAUCGACAACCAAAAACCACGGGAUUCAGAAUAUCUUCUAGUAUAUAGCAACCUCAGCUCGCGGCAGAGAUGUAACGAUUCCUUGCCAUGUUCUUUGGUCCGUUCUGUUUUCUUUGAGCAAUCAAAACGCCAACCAGGUGAUGAUAUCGGAUGUGUUGAAGAGACUUGUAAGAACCUGAGAACUUCUUUUUCUGAAGACGAUUAGGAGGGGUCCCAAGCCAACAAACAGCAACCAAGCCCUCAAAAGCAAUAGACAUUUCAAGAAGGCUUCAAGUCGGCCAAGAGGCUUGCAUACAUUCAAGCUCAAAGGCUGCCUCUAGAAAAUGGCUGACAUUGGCGCGAUCCAGGCACAAUAGCAACGUCAUGGACACACAAAUGUCGGCGCAGAUGUCUAAAUGGGCGAGGAAAUGUCUCACAUGCUCAGCUCCAGACUUACUGAUAUGUCAAUAAGAGUAGACCGCCUGGUUGAUCUCCGCACUACUUGUAGGGUACAGGCGGUAUGAUCCCAAUGUGCCACUGCAAAAAACAUUUCUGCUAGAGCGAUCAAUAAUUUCUUUGGGCCUUUGCGAGCUUUUCAGCGGCCUCAUUAUUUCUUGAACUCUUCUGAAACAAAGAAGAUUCUUCAGAGAAAAAGUGACGUUUGUUGGAGCCUGGGUGGAGAUGGCAUUGUUGCACAAUGCGCAGGUGAGGCGAGGUGAGGUGCCAGUUAACAAGGAAGAGAGAAUUACAGUAAACUUAACUCACAGGAAUCACGCAACUUGUCAGGAUGUUUUCUUGACUUCAAGAUCUCUCCAGAGGUAGACUGGCGCAUCAGUUGGGUCCUGGGGCUGAGUUGAAUUUUGCUCGAGGCUGCGGCGUGGCAGGAGGAGUCCCAGUAUGGAGACCUUGUGGAGGUGGGCGGCCCAGACAGUGAUCCACCAGUGAUGAGAGAUGUAACGUACGUGCUCGACAGGCCGUGUGCUCGCACCUACCGUCUCCUGCAUGGAAGCAAGUGGCUUGCGGAGCACAGGCCAAACCAUGACUAUGUCAUGUACCUAGAUGAUGACAGCUUCCUGAAUCUACCGCGGUUGAUGGCACACUUGGAGCGCCAAAAUUCUGACUCCUUGGCCAUGGGUUUUGUCAUGGAGACUGAGCUGGACUGGUCACAAACUCAUGUGUGUGAGCUUUGUAACCCUUGCGAGAUGUGCCGGAAGGAGGAGAGCCUUAAAGCAUUCUGCGCCCAGUUUCAGAAUGUGUCAAUGGGCGGUUGCAUGAUGGCUAUUGAGAACUGUGAGAUUUUCGACGGGGCAAACCACACAAGUUCAGAGCUUCCGCAGUGCAUCAACCAGAAGCUACAGGAGAUCCGCAAGGUCUCUCGGUACUUUGGCGCGAAGGCUGCGCCACGCUGGUUCCUUGGCAUGGGCUGGGUAUUUGGAAGAAGGAUCGUGCGCUUUCUUGGCCGCAAUGCGCACCGCUUGAAGAGCAAAGGGGCUGCAGAUGUCUCGCUAGGCUUCUGGCUCGCGCCGUUGGAAGGAGUGCGAUUUGUAAGCAUGAAUGAAGGCUUUUUUCAUGACCAUCCAGAUGCGAGGAGUACCUUCUCCAAGGCAUGCACUGAUCGAAGUGUCCUGGUUCACAGGAUGAACACAAGCCGUUGGAGCGGAUUUCAACCUGAGACCUGCGAGAUGGUGUGCUGAGUUAGCGGGACCAGUUGUGCAGUUUCGCGAUUGUCCCUUCCUGCAGCUCAUUCCACCCACGAAUGUAUGGCCUGGCGUUUUGCAUGACGUUGGGAGACAACACCUGCGCUCUUGCUCUCCUGGAAUCAAGGCAAUUGAUCUUCAAGUCUUCAACUUCUUGGAGGAUGCGUCACAACUUGGAGCUAAGUGAGAGGCCCACAGCUCCGGCACACGUGGCACAGCCAUGGACAGGGAAGUUGAUUGAAGACGGAAGCGCCUGACAGCC